AUGGAAGAAUCCCUCGUUCUCUCCAAAUUCGAUAACCUCGUCCAAUCUGGCCUCGUUCUAUACGACGACAAACAGCAAAUAAUCGAGCACAUUGACGGCCACCUCAAAUUCCAAUUUGUUCUUACUUCUGCUCUCGCCAAAAAGCCCACCCUAACAACCGCCCAGCCCCAGUCCGAGGCCGAUACCCCAAAGUCCGAAAAGCGAGAAGGCAGUGACAUCAGCACCACUGGGUUUGAGCUCGGCGCGCUAGAUAGCCACUUUUUGAUCGUGAACAAGUUCUGCUUUGCGCGGCCUCACCUUAUGCUUCUCACGAGUGAUGGAUACAAACGACAGUAUGAGGCGCUCAACGAGGCCGAUCUAGGAAGCAUGUGGCAGAUACUGGUGUCUAUGGAGAGGGACUACGUUGGGUUUUACAACUGCGGCCAGAACGGUGGAUGUAGUCGGUUGCAUAAGCAUAUGCAGUUGAUGCCCAUGCCGUCAAACAGUUUUGCGGCCUUUCUGGAUGCUCCCAACGAGCCUGAGACGAAAGUUCCGUUGGAGUGGUUCUAUCGACGCUUUGAGGGUGAGGUGACGCCUGCUACAUUGAUCGGGGCUUACAAAGACCUGCUGGAGGAGGCUACCAAGGUGGGCGGGGACUAUAUGGCAAGUGCACCGCCCGGGGCAGUCUGUCCACAUAAUAUAAUUCUUACCAAGAGAUGGAUGAUCGUGCUGCCGAGGAGACAGGGCGGGAUUAAUAAGGAGGCUGGGGUUAAUUCGUUGGGUAUGAUUGGGAUAAUUGCCGUGGCUACAACGAAGGAGAUCGAUAAUUGGGUCAGGUUGGGUUUGACGGAGUCCCUAGCAGAGGUGGGGGUGCCUAAAGCGAUAUAG